UGAACGCCCAAGCAGGAAACCAACAAUGGAGGAGGAAGCAAAGGGAUUUGUGAGGCGUGUGCUGCUUUUCAAGGUCAAACCUGAAACCCCACCAGACCAAAUAGAGGAAGCCAUCAAGCGUUACUCCAAUCUCGUCAACCUCGUCGAAUCCUUGAAAUCUUGGCACAUGGGCACGGACGUGAGCAUCGAGAACUUGCAAGAAGGCUUCACCCACGUCUUCGAGCUCACGUACGAGAGCGCCGAGGGGGUUGCAGAGUACAUGGCUCAUCCUGCUCACCUCGAGUUCCACGAGCUGUUCUGGCCCCUUGUGGAGAAGGUAGUCGUGAUCGACUACAAGCUGACUCCUUUCCGUAACCCGAAUUAACAUCGCAUCGCAAACCUCUACCAGUGUUGUGUUCGAAUAGGAAGUCGUGUUGGGUAAGGUGAUUAGUAUGGUUCAGGCUUGAGAGACUUAGUCUUUGCAAAAUUGCGAAUAAAAAAUCAUGCUGUAUCACAAUGUGAAAUAUGUAGUAUCUAAGUUCAGAUUAAUGAAGGACAAACAUGGUCUGUCCAUUCUU